AUGGGGGGCUCCGUGGGGCAGGGAGGGCGGGACGCUGGGGAGGGGUCGCCAUUGCAGGUGCAGGUGAGGGAGGGCCGGGCCCUGGCGGCCCUGGGAGGGUGGGAGCUGCUCCGGGGGCUGCUGGUGUUCGCCCUCUGCUCCCAGCCCUGGCUGCAGCGGGACCCCGAGGCGUUCCUGCGGGCGUCCCGGCGGGUGCUCGGUCCCCGCCUGUGGCGGGCGCUUCUCUCCGUCUCCCUGUGGGGACAAUUCGCGGUCGGCCGGAGCCCGGCGGCCGUGCAGGAGCUGUCCCAGCGGCUCCGGGCCCGGGGCCUGCGCCCGAUGCUGGCCCUGCCCAUCGAGGGCGAGGGGCCGGAUGGCGAGGGCGAGGCCUGGUUUGAGCAGAACCUUGGGGCAGCCCUGGAAUGUGUGGGGCUGGCGGCCGCCUCGGGCCCCGAACCCGCAAUGCAGCUCAAGCUGACGGCGCUGCUGAGCCAGAGCCUCUGCGAGAAAAUCUCGCUGCGAUUGGCUGAGCCGGAAGGGGCGGGGCUGAGCCCAGAACAGGUGGCGGCCAUGUUGGGCGGCCAGGUGCCGGAGCUCACCUGGCUCAGCCCGGCCGAGAAUCAACACCUGGGGCGGGGCCUGAGGAGGCUCGAGGAGGUGGUGCAGGUGGCCGUGGCCCGGCGUGUGCAGGUGUUGGUGGACGCGGAGAUGUCACACCUGAACCCCGCCCUCACCUGCCUCACCUGGGGGCUGAUGUGGAGACACAACCGGGCGGGGCCCCGGCCCUGGGUGUGGAACACCUGGCAGGCGUACCUGAGGGGCACCGAGGCGCUGCUGGCCGCUCACCUGGCGCAGGUGGGCGUGGCCGGGCUCAGGUGUGGGGUGAAGUUGGUGCGCGGGGCUUACCUGGCCCAGGAGCAGGGGCGGGCCCGGGCCCGGGGCUGCCCCUCCCCCACCUGGGACACACCUGAGGAGACCUCGGACAGCUACGGGCGCUGCCUGCAGCUGCUCCUGGCCACGCUGGCCCAGCCGGGCUCGCGCCUCUCGCUGAUGGUGGCCACGCACAACGAGGCCUCGGUCCUGGACGUGCUGGACAGGCUCCCGAGGGCGCCCCCUGGUGGCGCCGUUUGCUUCGCGCAGCUGCUCGGGAUGGGCGAGAACCUGAGCCUGGCCUUGGGUUCCGGCGGGUUCCCGGUGUACAGGUCGGUGCCGCUGGGUCCCCCGGAGGUGACGGUGCCGUACCUGGCGCGGCGAGCGGCCGAGAACCGCGGCGCGCUGGGCGGGGCCCGGCGUGAGCGACAGCUGCUGUGGGCGGAGCUUUGGCGCAGGCUCCGCCCCUGGGCGUGACCGGGACCCCCCAAAAUCCCCAAAAAUUCCACCGGAAACUGAGACCAAAAUCCCCUGUGGGCGGGGCUUAGGUGGAGGCUCCGCCCCUGGGCGUGGCCAGGAGUCCCAAAAUUCCCCAAAAUUCCCCAAAAAAUUUCCCCAAAAUUCCCCCAAAAUUCCCCAAAAAUUCCC